UUGGCGUGAACGAAUGACAUCACAGUUGAGGGGGUCUUCGAGUGAAAACGGCGUUGCUGUGAAAACAAACCAUAAUAGGAAAAUAUUAGCCCGGAAUCCGUUCGUCAUUUAAAACGGAAUUGAAGAACAUUUAGUUUGAGGACUAUCACAGCUUCUCCGCUACGAUGACAGAGCUGAGGCAGCGCGGAGCCAAAGAAAGCGACGCAUCCUUACAGCAGCAGCGAUCCGAGGACAAGGGUUCAGACAAUGAGUUGAAGGCAGACAAAGAUGGCGUUUCAGACAACGAAGCUAAGGUGGACUCUGGUGUCCCAGAUGUCCCUGUCCCUCCUGAUGAUACACCAGAGGUUCUAAACAAGGCCCUGUCUGGACUCUCCUCAAGAUGGAAGAACUGGUGGGUACGAGGCAUCCUCACCCUGGCCAUGAUCUCCUUCUUUUUCUUCAUCAUCUACUUGGGCCCCAUGGUGCUUAUGAUGAUUGUCCUCUGUGUGCAGAUCAAAUGCUUCCAGGAAAUCAUUACUAUUGGCUACAGUGUUUACCACUCCUACCACCUGCCAUGGUUCAGAACGUUAAGCUGGUACUUUCUGUUGUGUGUCAACUACUUCUUCUAUGGAGAGACUGUGACAGAUUACUUCUUUACACUGGUGCAAAGAGAGGAGCCGCUUCGCAUCCUGAGCAAAUACCACCGCUUCAUUUCCUUUGCCCUCUAUCUCACAGGUUUCUGUAUGUUUGUGCUCAGUCUGGUGAAGAAACACUAUCGGCUCCAGUUUUACAUGUUUGGAUGGACACAUGUGACUCUGCUGAUUGUUGUGACUCAGUCUCACCUCAUCAUUCACAACCUUUUUGAAGGCAUGAUCUGGUUCAUUGUGCCUAUUUCCUGUGUUAUCUGUAAUGACAUCAUGGCCUACAUGUUUGGCUUCUUCUUCGGUCGAACCCCUCUCAUCAAGUUGUCCCCUAAAAAGACAUGGGAGGGUUUCAUUGGAGGAUUCUUCGCCACUAUUGUGUUUGGCAUCUUGCUCUCCUAUUUCAUGGCCAGCUACCGCUACUUUGUUUGUCCUGUGGAGUUCAACAAUGACUCCAACAGUUUCCAGGUGGACUGUGAGCCAUCUGAGCUCUUCCAGCUCCAGGAAUAUGCUCUGCCCAGCAUCAUGGAGUCUGUCACUGGAUGGACCACGGUGCGUCUCUACCCAUUCCAGAUCCACAGCAUAGCUCUCUCUAGCUUUGCCUCUAUUGUCGGCCCCUUUGGUGGCUUCUUUGCCAGUGGCUUCAAGAGAGCUUUCAAGAUUAAGGAUUUUGCCAACACUAUCCCAGGUCAUGGUGGCAUCAUGGACAGAUUUGACUGCCAAUACCUUAUGGCAACGUUUGUGAAUGUCUACAUUGCCAGUUUCAUCCGGGGCCCCAACCCUGCAAAGGUGAUCCAACAGCUCCUGGCCCUGCGUCCUGAUCAACAGCUCCACAUAUUUAACUCACUGAAGGCCCACCUGAUGGAGAAGGGCCUGCUUCCAGCUCUGGAUGAUGUUGUUGCCUAGGUCAGCCUCAAACUCACACCCUGCCAAGGAGUCUGUAAAUCCUUUAGAAGAUCCCGGGGGCGGGCAGUAAUUUGUGUGAGCAAGAGAAAAAAAAGAAAGAAAAAAGAAACAGCCUUGGAUCAUUCCAUUUCACCUACCAAUCAUCUGUGCUUCUGUUUUGUUUCAGUCUCAUGUUUCGGACGCUGGGUUUUCAGGUUAGAUUAUUGUACCAUCAUACCUGUCCUACAAAUUUGUAUCUACUCACACUGGGAGAAACUGUCAGUGGGCUGUACAUUCUCUACAGAUACACUGGUUUGUUCUCUAUACAACCAUACUCAUAAUGUGUGUUUAUAUUUUACUGUACAUUUGUUUUCCUUUGAUUUUAAUGCACUGCCCUCAUCCCAGUUGCUCACUGUACUGUUACUCCAGCUGCAUCUUCACACAAACUUUUAAUUUUCUUUAUUGUGAUUGUUUCUAUUUAUAUAUAUAAAUAUUAUAUAUAGAUGUUUUUAUAUUUGCUAUGUUCUCUCAAGUACCGUCUGUGUAGGAUUUUUUGCUGUGCAUUUACAGGUGUGUGUAUGCCGGUGUGUUGGUGAAUAUGUCUUCAUUUCCCAGUGUUUGCUACCAUUUGACAUUUUUCAUCCUCAUGUUCACUGCCAAAUUGUUUUCAUGUCCCUGAACGACUAAAUAUCAGUGAAAGUUUUUCACAAAGUCUGAAACACUAGGUAAAGUCUGUUGGCUGUAGUCUGUGGAAAAUGGACUUUAGUGUCUACAUGCAGCCUACGGAGUCGUGCCAUUUUGGUAGUGAUUUGGUCAUACAUUUACCUACAGUUAUUUACUUAAAGUUUAUUUAAAACAAUUCAAAUUCUUGAGAAAUUGACAUUUUCCCCACUCAUAUUCUGCUAAACAACAGUAUUUUGUUACUUUGUAUUUUGAGUUCUAAAAAAGCUAAGCUGCUGUAACAAAUCACAAGAGGCUGUUGGACAGAUUAAUGUCAUGUUUUAUUCUGGUUUUAUUUGACCCUAUUGGGUUUGUUCUUUGUAGAAAAAAAAUGAAACAUGGCAAAAGAUAGUGAAAGUGUUUGAUGCAGUUGAAUUAAUCAGUCAUCUGGUAUUAAUUCUAUAGCCACGUUUUUGUUUUUUGUUUUUUGUUUCACAGUGUAUCAACUUCUGAAAUACUCUGACACCCAAAUCCAUUUUAGUUCUGUAGGUCAAGACCUCUUGAUGCGUGACUGCUGGUUGUGUACCGUCACCUUGACGACCUGAUUUGCUCAUGCACUACCAUGUCUUAACAUUUGUUAAAAGUUACUAUUUCAUCAAAGCAGUUGCAAAGUUUAAAUUAAAUGUUUAUGGGAACUAAUUCUUUUUUGGUGUGAAAUAAGACAUGUGAACAUUCAUCUGUAGUCAGUGGACAAUAAUUUGGACGUUGCUUAAGAAUGAAUGGGUUCAUUGGAUGGAUUCAUUCUUAGCUGUCCCUGUCUCUCAAUUUAAAGCAAGCUCAGCACUGAACUGCCAAAAUACUAAACUGCCAUCCAUUUAACUUUCCUCAAAUAAUACAUGACUCCAAGACUACAGUCAUGGGCUAAUAUGUUUUAAAUAACUAAAUAAUUUACAAGAUUACAAGCUAUAAACUUUCAGCAUCCAAUCAUAUCCAUGCAUUAAGUUCGUCACCUGUCAAACAACACUUUGUUUGUUCAGCUAUAGAGAUUCUGUAUUUACAGUUGCCAGUGAAGUAAUGUGUAAGUGUGACGCACUGCAGUGUGACUAAAUGUUUUAUGACUUGAAUCAGCAACAUCAGCUGCUAUAGUCUUCCUUAGCAGGGACGUAACUUUUAUUAAUUGUCUAUGUCGUUAUUAUACAAUAGAGUCUUUGGCAAAUGGUGGGUUGUGUCCCAGAUGUAAAAUGCGGUGCAAGGUAGUGAUGAUAAUAAUGUCCGAUUUCUCUUAGACUGCGUGUAUACUGAGCCACUAAUGCUAAUGUUAGUCCUUCUUAACCUCCUGUAUUUACUGUACAUGACAUAGGAGAACACUGACACGUUGUGUUAGGCAAAGCCCAUGACAUACACAGGAAACAUCCUACACUCCUGCACCAGUGUGUGUGUCACUCAGUGAAGUGUCGUCGCACUACCACUUCCUUCUCUGGUUUUGCUAAAAGCUAACUUUCUGGUUUCAUAGCAGUAAUAAAUGGUGUCUCUCGCCAGUGUUAAUCACAUCACUGUGUAAUCUUGAAAUAAUCUUUGUAACUUCCACAAAUUACUAAGAAAGACAACAGGGUGCUGGAAUAGUACAACAGCAAUAAAACUACUGCUAAAUUAUGCUACGGCUAUCUUUGCUAUCUUCUCUAAAGCUGACAUGAUUAACAAUUCCCUGUUUAUGCAUUAAAAUAAGUACAUGUUGACAGACCCUAAUGGUAUCAGUUUACAGACGUCUUUCUUUUAAAAAUUUUAAUAUAAAUACUUUUAAACAUUUCUGUCUAUAGCAGAAAACCAAAAAGUCCUUACAGAUUAGUUUACAAAUCACAAGUAUUUUAAGUUUUUUUUUUGCACAACUCAAGGGAGCCAUAUGAGAUAACUGGUGUAGCCCAUUUUGGGGUCAGACCAACUUGAUUAUGGAGAUAUAGGUGAAUACUAAAAAAAGGCUAGGCAAAUAUAUUCUUAUUUCAGCUAAAUGUUACAUCAUGUUACUAAUUUCAUGAACUAAAUUUGUGUUGAAAGCCACUCAUACCCACGUUUUUGUUGAUAAAGUAUGUACGCAAAUAUUCAGAGUAACUACGGUAUAUUGUAUAUUCAAGAAAACUGAAGUUAUUUGAUGUUCUUUUUGCUGAAAGGAAUCAUUUCAGGUACUGCCACAAACGCUACCAAUCAGAAAAGAGUUUUAAAACAUAGAAGAGCAAAGUAUUUUCACGCUGUGACUUUCUAGUGAGUGCGUUCUCUCUUCUGGAGCUGUAGAUAGACUUUAGAUCGUUUGUCAUACUUUUCAAACGUGACUUUCCUGUCACUCCUUUCCAAGCUCUGUACUGCGAUUUCUGUUGUCUGGUGUUUGGAAAAAAUGUCCACUAGAGGGGGUCA